AUGAUCAUCGCAGCCCUCACGACGCUUCUCUUCGUCACAAGCAUCGCCACCUUCAUCGCCCGUCUCCCUACAACAUCAGCAGCAGCAGCACAGCAACAACGUCCACCACCACGCUUCCCACUUGGCCCGUCUGCACCCAAUAUACGCUCCUCUCUGCUCGAGGAAGUUCUCACCCCACCAGCAUCACUAGGCGACGACAUCUGCCGUCCCACAGGCCAGAUUGAGGACGCAUGCUGUGAUUACGAGACGGUGGAGAAGAGCCUCAAUACGCCCAAGUUCUUUGCCACGCUCGAGAAUCUGGUCAAGACGAACUAUUUCAGGUUCUACAAGGUGGAUUUGUACAGGGACUGCCCCUUUUGGGUCGAGAAUGGGUUAUGCAUGAAUAGAGCCUGCACUGUAGAAAAGGCCUCCGAGUCAGAGAUCCCAGAAGAGUACAGGAGCACCCGCCUCUCUUCUGUACACCCAGCGCACAAGGACGAAGUCGUCUUCCCUUCGUCGGAGGAAGUUGCCUCCUCGUCUCCUUCUGGCACGGACACUUGCCAGGAUACAGACUUCUGUUACUGGGCAGGAGAGGACCUCAGCUCCGAAUCGGUAUGGGUGGACCUCAUCAAGAAUCCAGAGCGUUUCACCGGGUAUGCAGGACCAGGGGCGAAUAGGGUUUGGAAAGCCAUUUACGAGGAGAAUUGUUUUGGUAGCGUGCCAAAGGGAAGCUUCCUCGAGCCUGCGAGGGCAAAGGGGAGUGGGGGAGGUAGUGGGUUCGUUGGGAGGGAAGAGCUGCUCGGGGGAAGUAGCCCGGCUAUGGGCGGCUUUGGAGGUGGGUUGGGAGGACUCAUCCCCAGUCUGGCAGCCCCCGUUGAUCCCGCUGCCGAGGAGCAGUGCUUGGAGAAGAGGGUCUUCUACCGCGUCAUCUCCGGCCUGCACGCCUCCAUCUCCACGCACAUCUGCCACGAGUACCUCAACCAAACUACAGGCACGUGGUCACCGAAUCUAGAAUGCUUCAUCACCCGCAUAGCCCAGCAUCCCGAACGCCUCCAAAACGUCUACUUCAACUACGUCCUCCUCGUCCGCGCCCUUGCGCGCGCAGGGGACUACUUGACGACGUUCAACCUCAAGCCCGGUCACGGGAUUCCCGCCUCGGAGAAGGGUACCAUAGAUCUCCUGCAGAGCUUGGUAGGGCAGGCAAGCUCCUGUCCGCCGACAUUCGACGAGGCCUCUCUAUUCAAGCCGUCCAACCCCGAAGCUCCUCAGCUCAAGCGCGAGUUCCGUGAUCACUUUAGGAACGUCUCCCUCAUCAUGGACUGCGUAGGUUGUGACAAGUGCCGGCUGUGGGGCAAGAUGCAGGUCAAUGGGCUCGGGACGGCCAUGAAGAUCCUGUUCAGUUUUGAUGAGGAGGACUUUGAUCCCAGGAAGAAUCCGGCGCUGCUGGAGAGGAGCGAGCUAGUGGCGCUGAUCAAUACGCUGCAUCGCUUUGCGGAGAGUCUGAAGGCUGUGGAGACUUUCAGAGGGAUGUAUCAGCAGGGACUGCGAGACAAGGGGGAGGAGAAGAAGAGUGAGAAGGGGAAGCCCAAGGUCAAGCAGCCCUCGUUACCGCGGGCGGGCAGCGCAUCGUCCAAGGCGGGGGGUGGGCCAUCGAGCCGACCAGAAUCGGCUAAGGCUGGCCCGCCGCUCCUCUCUCUUGAGGCGGUAAUGGCUGCGGCGAGAGGCUACAUCUCGGGCGCUGCCGAGGCUUGCAAAACGUCGGCGACGACUUGCCUUUCCUGGGCCAGGGGUAGGCUGGAGGGAUGGCGUCGUCACGGCUUGUCAGGCGCGGCAGGCGCAUCGCAAGGCACGGAGCUCUGA